UACAAGCAACCUCAGUAAACUAAACCCCAAGCAACACGAGGAACCCAAGAGACAAUAGAAAGUAGAAGAAAAUGAAACUGGUUUGGUCUCCUGAGACUGCAUCUAAGGCUUACUUAGACACCGUUAAAUCUUGCGAGAAUCUUGAAACGCCUGACGCGGCGGAGCUAAUAUCGGCGAUGGCAGCCGGAUGGAACGCGAAGCUGAUCGUGGAAACUUGGUCAUACGGAGACGCAAUAGCCUCGAGUGUUGGCUUAAACGUCGCGAGCCGACACGCAAACGCGAAACACAUAUGCAUCGUACAAAACACGUUAUCAGAAUCUGCUUAUCUCCAAGCCAUUCAAGAACAUUCAUCUCCCCUGAACUUACCAGAGACGAUCAUCGCUGAAGAACCUCAAAGCGCGAUGAAGGAGAUACAAGGAAUAGAUUUCUUGGUCGUGGAUUGGCGGAACAAGGAGUUUGCAGCGGCUGCGUUGAGGAACGCUGCGUUUGGAAGCAGUGGAGCUGUUGUGGUUUGUAGAAACGGGUACUCGAGAAAUGCUUCGGGUUUUAGCUGGACAAGGGGUUUAAGAGACCGGACCGUUGUUAGAAAGGUGACUCUUCCGGUCACUGGAGGUAUUGAGAUAGCUUAUGUGGCGGCAAGGAACUCUGGGAAGACUGAGAGCAAGAAGAGAAGAUGGAUCACACAUGUUGAUCCGAGUUCAGGAGAAGAACAUGUAUUUAGUAUUUAGAAAGUCAAGAGACAGAAAAAUGUGAGAAAUGUUUAUUUGGAUUAUUGUAUUUUACUUUUUGUACAUAGGAUCAUAAGAUUCCAUAGUUGAUAAUUGAUAUUGUAUCAUACUUGUCUUAGAUAUCAGCUACAACUGAUAAUAUGAGAAUGUGUUGACUUUA